AUGCAACACAACUCUUCCACAGAUGACGACCACCAUCAGCACAACAACAUGGAUGAAAUUGGAACACCAUCUACCAAUUACAUCAAUCUUUCCUCCGAUCAAUUAACUCCCACAGCCACCACUCAAGGUUUAGUCGAAAAGCAACAACCCCUAAAUCCAUUCUAUUCACACGAUGGUAGACGAAAGGCAGUUGGACACUGGUUGUGUCAUAAAUAUGUCAGCUUGGGAUUAUCUAUUUUCAUAUUCUUUGCAGCUCUUUCUCAACUUAUUUGUGAAAUUGCAGUUUAUCCCUAUACCAAUAAUUAUGGAGUCAAAGUUGGACCAAGAGUUGCCAUUUAUAUUCCAUUGGCAUUUUCCAUCUUGUACUAUGCCAUUAUGAUAUUUAGUUGUGGAACUUUCAAGUAUUUGUGGAAUAAUAUGAGUGUGAGUGAGAUUUAUAAUUAUAUAGAUAUGAUUACAAAGGUGAAACCUGUCAUUGCAAUGAGUGUUUCGUGUUAUCAUUAUGAAACAAGAGUUGAACAUUAUACUGAUUCACAGGGAAGAUCACAAACGAGAACUACAACUGUUAGAGUGAAUACUUAUUCUGAAACUAGAUUGUUUAAUUAUGAAUUUUUCAGAGAUUUAUCAAGACCUUUUGUUCUCGAUGGAACUUCCAAAAAGUAUAUGAAACUCCAAGUAGCAAACGUAAUAUUCACCAAUGAUGAAACCACAAAAAAGUCCUUAGAUACAUCCAGACUUGCAAUUCAAGUUGAAAAUCGUUGGAGAGAUGUUCACAUGGAUUAUUCUGAAAAUUGGACAGUUCCAGGAUUCAAGAAACAAAUUCUUGCCAAAAUGGAGGACAAGACAUCAGCUACCUACUUUUUCAACAUGUUCAGUUAUAUCCUAUUCUCAAUCUUUUUAAUGAAUAGUUUGUACAGAAUCAUUUUUGAUUAUUAUUGUGACACUCAGGAAUAUCAAGUAGUGAAAGAAAUUUCAGUCUUGCCAUUCCCUGAGGAGAUGAUCAUUUUACAACCUUCAUUAUGGAUGAAUUCAAAUUAUGGAAGUAUGAGUUAUGGAGAAGCUGUUUCAUUUUCUUCACAAUUACCAAAAGAUUAUAUACCUCCACAAAAUGGUCAACCAACAAUGAGUCAACCAGGUAUUCCUUAUCCUCAACAACAACAAGCAAUGCCUAUGCAAAAUGGUCAACCAAUUUAUCAAGGUAUUAGUGCUCAACCUUAUCAACCCUAUCCAAACAAUUCAUACACACCACCACAAGUUUACCAAAAUAGUCAAUAUAUUCCACCACCAAAUACUGUAUUGGAACCUGUAACCAUUCCAAAUCCAACAAAUUAAACAUUUCACAAAUUUAAAGAACACUGGACGAAACAAGAAGUUAUUUUUCUAUUUAUUGGAAGAUUAGAGGACAUAUCUGUAAAUUAACCAAGAUGAGAAAGAAAUAUCAAAAACUGCACAGAAAGGAACAUAAAAAUGUGGAACACUUUCAUGCUUGUGGAAAAGUAAAUCCCACAAUGCAUGAAUUCCAAUUCCAAUUGCAUUGGUCAACCAAGAACGAUGCUCCAAAGCAUACAUUGCCAAUCCAGUGUAUAAAACAACUGCACCAAUUUGUGUGAAAACAUUCAUCUUGCCAUUGGAAGCCAAAGCAAAACCCAAGUAAAUAGCAGCAAUGGUUGGGAGCAUGAGAGCAACAAAUGAGAAUGCCAAACUCUCUGACAUUAAUUCAAUGUUUAGGAUAGAGAAGAGUGCCAAACCUAAUCCAACAAGGGAAUCUCUAACUGAGGUAUGUGAAUGCAUUUUAUAUUGUAGUUCAAUUAGUUGUGCAUCAGGUGCAAGAUUCUUUUAAAGGAAUUUAAUAAUUGUACUAUUGUUAUCC